AGACAGCUUCCCACUCUGCGCCCAGGCUAGAGUGCAGUGGCGUCCACCUGGCUCACAGCAACCUCACACUCUUGGCCUCAAGCGAUCCUCCCAACUCAGCCUCUCAGAGUGCAGGGACUACAGGGAAGUGAGGCAACUUUUGGAAGAGAUUGAAGAAUCCAUUAGAGAUUGAAGAGAGAGAGAUCCAUUAGUCAAGUUUUAGUCUUGAACAAACGUGGCAUCUUCGAAGAGUCUGAGGUACUAUAUUGCAGAGGGAGAGGUCCUCUGUGUGAGAUUGAAGAAUGCCAGUGUGACCUAGCAUGGCCCAGCGUCGUGAUGAGGAACUGUAGAAAUGAUCAAGGAUGUUGCAGUACUUGGAGAAGGACGAACCCUCAACAUGUGGCUGUACCUGGCGGCCCUCGUGGGCCUGUACUACCUGCUGCGCUGGUAUCGGGAGAGGCAGGUGGUGAGCCACCUCCAAGACAAGUACAUCUUCAUCACGGGCUGUGACUCUGGCUUUGGGAACCUGCUGGCCAGACAGCUGGACGCUCGAGGCUUGAGGGUGCUGGCUGCAUGUCUGACGGAGAAGGGGGCUGAGCAGCUGAAGGCCCAGACGUCAGACAGGCUGGAGACAGUGAGCCUGGAUGUCACCAAGACAGAGAGUGUCACUGCAGCCACUCAGUGGGUGAAGGAGCGUAUUGGGGACAGAGGACUGUGGGGCCUAGUCAACAAUGCAGGUAUUAUCGACCCUAUUGCCUUCAUCGAGUGGCAGAGUUUUGAGGACUCUCUGAACAUCCUCAAAGUGAACCUCAUUGGUUUGGUCCAAGUGACCUUGAGCAUGCUUCCGUUGGUGAGGAGAGCUCAGGGGAGGAUUGUCAAUGUUUCCAGCAUUCUGGGGAGAAUUGCUUCCUUUGGAGGGGUCUACUCUUCUUCCAAGCAUGGAGUAGAAGGCUUUUCGGAUAUUCUGAGGCGUGAGCUUCGACAUUUUGGGGUGAAAGUCAGCAUAAUUGAACCUGGCUACUUCAGAACAGGAAUGACAGACAUGAAUAAGUCCUUAGGGAGACUGAAGCAAGCCUGGGAGGAAGCCCCCAUGCAUAUUAAGGAGUCCUAUGGACAGCACUUUUUUGAUGCCUAUUACAAUGUCAUAAAAGAGGGGCUGAUAAGAUGUAGCACAAACCUGAACUUGGUCACUGACUGCAUGGAACAUGCUCUGACAUCUGUGCAUCCUCGUACUCGGUAUUCGGCUGGCUGGGAUGCUCAAUUUUACUUCAUCCCUCUGUCUUACUUACCUACGUCACUGGCAGACUACAUAUUGAGUAGAUAUUUCCCUAAACCAGCCCGGGUAGUAUAAAGGAAACUGGUUUGGUGGCUUUUGGAAUGAAGGUGAAAUUCUGGAUUUAGUCGUUAGUGUCUCAGUAAUCCUUAUUUAGAACACACUUUCUGUAACAAUAACUUUUCUCGCCUAAACUCAUUUAUCUGACAUUAUCAGAGAACCAGCAUGCUUGUAUUUCACAUAUCAAAAGCUUAGGUGAUGAAGCUUUAUAAUUUUGACUAAUUUUUGAUAAGAAUAUUUCCAGAAUGAAUCAUUCUUUCUUGCCCUAUUAAACAGAAUAGAUUGAGAACAA